UAAACCGGUGAAGAGCGCCAUGUCAGAAGAUAUCUCAACGCCGCCGCUUCGUAUAACACUUCACAAUAUCGCAGAUUUAUUAUUCAUUACAUUUGUUUAUCAAUUAGAUGGGGGUAGAUCCCCGUAAUUAAUUUAAGACACACUUAAUUACUUGUAUUGGCAGAGAUACAAAUGCUGCAUGUUUGUAUAUUCAUAGAAACACAUUUGUUUUUCCUUCCGGUUCUUUCAUUUAAAAUGACUUGGAUAUAAUGAUGAGGAGGAAGAGGAUAAUAAUCUAGAUACACACACAGAUAGAUAUACCUAGGUAGACUUUACUGAUUGCUAGAACUAUAGUGAACCUAACAGCACCGAGAUAUCGAUCAAUAAGACCUAUUGAUAUAUAGGUAGAUACAUAUACAUAUAUACACAGUGAUAUAUAAACAUACAUAUAUAUGUGUGUGUAUAUAUAUGUGUAUAUAUAAACAUAUAUACAAACAUCUGUGUGUGUGUAUAUAUAACUAGUGUUUGGAUUCCAACACAUUGUAUACAGUCCCCUUUUUUAUGUUUACUAAUUACUAAAAGGACCUGAAGUUAUAUUUAAACAUCACUUGUGUAUAAUAAUAAUUUUUAAACUUUCAUCUUCUAAAACACCACCACCUGUAAUAAUAUAUACAACACAAUAUACAUACAUGUAAAUAUUUAUUUCUGUACACAUACAUAAUAUACAAUAUAGUGUAAAGACAUAAAGAUGCCUUCUGACUCUCAUAAUUUUAUGGUUCCAUCUUCCAAAGUUGGUCGAAUUAUUGGUAAAAAGGGCUCAAAAAUUCGAGAAUUACAGCAAGACACCAGAACACGCAUCAUAGUGAGUAACUCUAACUCUGAUGUCACAAAUGUUGAGAUUAGAGGCGACCAAAGAGACGUCGUGAGAGCAAAGGCUCUAAUACAGCAAGUAAUUGAUGGAGACGAGCCUGCUGAAUAUCAGAAUCGUAGUUACCAGAAUAGAUUACGAAAUAAAGAGAAUUUGGAGAACUCUCACCAGAAGUGCUACAAUUGUGGUAAAAAUGGUCAUAUAUCCAGAAACUGUGAUCAAGAUCCAGGAGACUGCAGUAAUGCAAUCAGAAAUGGUCUAUCCUUGACAGGAACUGAACUGUGGGGUGACCCGAAGGCACAGGAAUUUCAAUGUUCAGUAUAUGGAACUGAAGAUUGGAAUCAGUCACAGACCAGGGAAUCACAUCGGAUUUCAGUGAAUGGAAAUGAUGAGGAGGAUUGGGAGGCUGAAGCUGCUGAAGACCCGCAGCCUGUGUUUAUGGCUGAUCCAGAUUCAUUCCAGAUGUUGAGUCUCGAUGAUGAGGAUGAUGAACGACCAGCUCGAAGAGGAAGAGGUAGAGGUGGUGGUCGUAAUUGGCAGCAACCAGCAGACCUUGGCCAGUGUCGCAGCAUAAAGCCAGAUUACUCUGGUGGCCGAGGGCCUGGUCGACAACGGGAUUCCAAAAAGUCCUUGGAAGGGACCCUGAUAUGGGCCAUGCAGUCCCGCCAGCAAGAGGAAGAAGAAAACAUUCCAGUAAUGGAGUCAAAACCAGUAGAUUUUGCAGAGAUGCGGAGAUUACAAGAGGAAUAUGAUCGCCAAAAGUUUGAAGGGUUACCACCAGUUGUGAAGAACUUUUACAAGGAACAUUCUGAUGUUGCAAACAUGAGUGAAAUGGAAGUUGCUGAAUUUAGGAAGCUCAACAAUGAUAUACAGAUAAUCAAUCUGGCUGUGAAUGAUUCUGACAACAUCCCGAAUCCUGUGAGGACGUUCUACGAAGCUUUCCACAAUGAUGACGAAAUAUUGGAACAAAUUCGAAGGCAAGGCUUUAAAAAGCCAUCCCCUAUUCAGUGCCAAGCAUGGCCAGUGCUUCUUCGGGGCAAAGAUCUUAUUGGUAUAGCACAGACUGGAACUGGUAAGACACUAGCAUUCUUACUGCCGGCAUUAAUCCAUAUUUGCGGACAACCUCUGCCUCGCGAGCAACGAGGUGGCCCUACUGUGCUAAUAGUUUGUCCGACAAGAGAACUGGCACUCCAGAUUGAAGAAGAAGUCAAUAAGAUUCGUUAUAAGAACGUUUCUUGUGUGUGUCUUUAUGGUGGUGCAAGUCGGCGUCGCCAGAUUGAUGUGGUCAAGAAAGGCGUGGAUAUUGUUGUGGCCACGCCUGGACGCUUGAACGAUCUCGUCGAUAGUAAGAUUAUCUCAGUGAAAUAUGUAACUUUCCUGGUCCUGGAUGAAGCAGAUAGGAUGUUGGAUCUUGGUUUUGAAGCUCAGAUACGACUUUUCAUGCUUGACAUCCGACCUGACAGACAGACUGUCAUGACCAGUGCAACGUGGCCAGCUGAUGUUCAGGAGCUUGCUGAUCGUUACAUGAAGGACCCAAUAAAGAUAAACAUUGGCAGUCUUGAACUAACGGCUGUUCAUACAGUGGAACAAAGGGUGGAGAUUAUUGAAGAAUACAACAAGAAAGACAGGCUUUUUAACUUUAUUUUUGAAGAAAUAACCAUGGACGACAAAGUGAUUGUGUUUGUUGGCAGGAAAGUGACGGCUGAUGAUAUUGCCAGUGAUUUGGCUAUUGAAGGAAUAAAUUGUCGCUGUAUCCAUGGAGAUCGGGAGCAGGCUGACCGGGAGCAGUGUAUGAAAGAGAUGAAGUCUGGGGAAUGUAGAAUACUCAUUGCUACGGAUGUGGCAUCGAGAGGACUUGAUGUCAAAGACAUUACUUAUGUCUUCAACUAUGACUUUCCCAGGAAUAUAGAGGAAUAUGUCCAUCGUAUUGGACGAACUGGCCGAGCUGGUAAAACUGGAAUUGCUCUGUCUUUAAUGACAUACAGCGAUGGAGGAUCAGCUCAACCUCUCAUCAACAUCUUGCUGGAAGCUAAUCAGGUGAUUCCUGAUGAACUGUACAGUUUGGCCGAACGCAAUGCUCGGUACCAACAACAGAAUCGAGGCUGGAGAGGGAAAUUCAGGAAUCGUUAUGGACGGAAUUGACAAGAUUGUUGUCCCCAAGCUGUCAACAUGAACUUUCUUUUUUAAUGUAUAUAAAUCUAUAAAUAUGCAUUUAUUAA